AGCGAUGUAGAUUUAACAAAAAUUCCUGCAGAAAAUAUUCGUAAUUUUAGUAUUAUUGCUCAUGUUGACCAUGGUAAAAGCACACUAGCGGAUAGGCUUUUAGAGCUUACAGGCACAAUAAAUAAGCAUCAUUCCCAUAAUCAAGUUUUAGACAAGCUCACUGUAGAGCGAGAACGAGGUAUCACGAUAAAGGCACAGGGUCAUGUGGAUUUCAACUAUGAGGUAUCUCGGUCUCUUGCAGCAUGUCAGGGGACUAUUCUACUAAUAGAUGCAGCUCAAGGAUUACAGGCUCAAACUGUUGCCAAUUUCUGGUUGGCAUAUAACCAAGAAUUGAGCAUAAUCCCUGUUGUUAAUAAAGUUGAUCUUCCAGCUGCUGACGUAGAACGGGUAACAAAACAAAUCCAAAGUACAUUCGAGCUUGACACUACAAAUAUUUCAUUGAUAUCGGCAAAAACUGGCCUUAAUGUCGACAAAAUUUUGCCAAAUGUGAUAGAGAAAAUUCCUCAUCCAACUGGGGAUGUAAACGAACCAUUGAAAGCGUUUCUUUUUGAUUCAUGGUACGAUACAUAUGUCGGGGUCGUUUGCCUAAUGGCAAUAGUAAAUGGAAAAUUACAAAAAGGUGAUAAGAUUGUCUCAGCACAUUCAGGGCAUAAAUAUGAAGUUGCUGAUAUUGGAAUUAUGCAUCCAGAACAAGUGCCAACAGGAUAUCUGCAUGCAGGUCAAGUGGGAUAUGUAAUAUGCAAUAUGAAAGCAACAGCUGAAGCACACAUUGGAGAUACAUUUUACCAUAUCAAAAGUCCUGUUGAUCCUUUACCAGGGUUUGAGCCUGCAAAGCCGAUGGUAUUCGCAGGCAUAUUUCCCAUAGAUACUAAUGAAUUCAAUAAGCUAGAUGAAUCUAUUGCAAAAUUAACAUUGAACGAUGCUAGUGUCACGGCAUUGGGACAAGGUUGGCGUAUUGGAUUUUUAGGAACAUUACAUAUGGAUGUUUUUCAACAAAGACUAGAGGAAGAAUAUGAUGCUAAUGUUAUCAUCACUCAACCAACUGUACCUUAUAAAAUAAUUUAUCGAGAUGGUACAUCAAAAUUAAUCCGCAAUCCAUCAGAGUUUCCUGAACCAAAUGAAAUGUCACAUAAAAUAAUUGGAUUACAAGAACCAAUGGUUAUGGUGACAGUUAUUGCUCCGGAGGAAUAUACAGGUUCAAUAAUGGAUCUUUGUGGUUCUCGUAGGGGCGAACAGUUAGAAUAUAAUUAUUUAGACGAGACGCGAGUUAUUAUGAGAUAUUCUAUGCCAUUAGCUGAAAUUGUAACAGAUUUUCAUGAUGAUUUGAAAUCACGAUCGAGUGGUUAUGCGAGUUUUGAUUAUGAAGAUAUGGGAUAUCAACCAUCUGAUAUUGUGAAGAUGAAUGUCCUGAUAAACAAAAAGCCAGUAGACGCACUUGCAGCUAUUUUACACCGCUCUCAAGUAUCAUUUGUUGGAAGAGAAUGGGCCAAGAAGUUGAGUGAAGUUAUACCCAAGCAAUUAUAUGAAGUGGUAAUUCAAACAGCCAUUGCAGCAAUGCGGAAAAAUGUAACUGCUAAAUGUUAUGGAGGAGAUGUAACAAGAAAAAUGAAACUACUUGAGAAACAAAAAGAAGGGAAAAAGAAGAUGAAGAUGAUUG